AUGGCCAAGUCGAAGAUAAGAAUAUCCGGGCCUAUGAAUGCCAUUCAUGUCGGUGGUGUCAACGUUACAGGCAGCAACGGUUCAAACCUAGAUAGCUACUUCACCAGCACCGCACUGGAACCAGACGAGCUGCCAUCACAUACAUUCGUCGCCACUGGCAUGACAGAAGUACCGCGAAGAUCAGACACUAUCGCCAGUGUCAUACGGCGACCGAGCGGGUCACUGAAAAGAGGCCUUUCAAGACUAAGAACAAAAUCGAUCUCGCACCUACCAGAUUCACAUCAUAAACACGAGAUUGAGCAUAAAGCCGACAACUCAGUCACCCGAUCCGAUAGCGCAAAAGCUUCGCGGCCACUAAGAAUGCAAUCGAGUAUGUCGCGUUUGCGACAAAAGGUUGGACUGGACCGAGAACUCUACGAAACUCCUGUCCCCAAAGCGAUCACUCCAGAGCCAGAAGUCGCGCCUGAGCCGGUACCCAAAGACUACCCACCACUAAGAGUUAGGAGGUCAUUAGCCCGACUGACCACAGCAUCGUCCAUCUACCCAACCGACACUGAGCCCGAGCUUGCCAGGACGAGCCCCAUUAUCCAGCAACUACAACCGUCCGCGAUUCAGCGGCAAGCAUCAUCCACUCAACAGCAUCCGCCCACCAUCCAGCGACGCCCCUCGCCACCCACGCAAAGACAGUUGUCGAACACACAAAAUCGAAGACAACCGCCCGUACGCCCAAAGCGUGCUGACUCCGGGACUGCGAUUGACUUUGACAAUGUUCCUGUGGAUAAGCGACCUCUCGGCUUCAAGGAAAUCCUAGCAGUGCAUAGUUUGGCGGACCGAAUGGCGCUCUACAAGAAGACGCGAGAGUACUGGGCAACUGCAGAUCAUGGUCUAACAGAGUGGACUGGACGUGCUGGUGCACCGCGGUUGAUCGCUGCACGGGUGUAGGGCGAUGUGAGAGUGCUCUCAACAUGAUUCUCGUAUUUCUUUCGUAUUUCUCACUUUUUUAGUCAUGAUUUCGAGCACGAUACCCAUUAUUGCGAGCUUUCUUUUUUUUUGCGGUUUUUGGUUAUUGGUGCUGGUGCUGGUCGCCACCCAUUCCUUUCUCCCGCCCAGU